AGAAGUGCCGCUCGGCAAAAUAGGACAAAUAGACGCAUGUGUGGAGGGAGCGCACAGGAAGGCGGAAUAAACGCAGCAACAAUAGCUCACUCGGCAAACACGGUGUGUUUUAAUGACCCGGCAUUUAGAAAAAGAGGAUAUAUAGAGAGAAAGAGAGAGAGGAAGAGAUUCUAACUGCUUGGCUUUCCUGUCGGGGGUGUUUAUAUGGGCUAUAUCUGCCCGCAACCUCAACAAGAAGACGCAGCCUUUGCGGGACAGUCACAUUGAAGACGACACGUGUGGAUGCUUAACCGCAUGUUUCCCGGGAGGACUGCGGUCUGAUUUCUUUUUGUAGACACAUUGUUGGAUUGUUUUUUUUAUUUUUGUAUAUAUAGUUACUGUAUCUUUUCUCCACUCGGAUGAUGUCAGAGGUUGAUGUCUCCGCAGACUGUGACCCCAGCAGCAGCAGCAGCAGCCGCCCGCCGGGCCGGACAGAGGACCCGCUGAAAGAGAACCAGGAGAACAGGACUUUACUGAUGGUGGCUAUGGUGCUGUUGGACCUGAACAAAUACAACCCUAACGCCAUCGGCGCUGGAGACGGCAGAUGUCUCGGCGGCUGCGACGUAGGCGCGCAGGAGAAGUUGGAGCAGCGAGGGGGUUGCCGGUUGGACGCCGGCGGGGACAGCCGGGGCUCGGUUGCACCCAAACAGUCCCGGAGCAAGAAGGCGGCGGCGGAGUCUCCUGAGAAGAGACACUGCUGUCCUUUUACUGGCUGUGGGAAGAUGUACGGGAAGUCGUCCCACCUUAAAGCCCACCUAAGGGUGCACACCGGUGAGCGCCCCUUCGUGUGCACCUGGCCAGACUGUGGCAAGAAGUUCUCCAGGUCAGACGAGCUGACGCGUCACUACCGCACACACACGGGCGAGAAGCGCUUCAACUGUCCGAUGUGUGACAAGUGCUUCAUCAGGAGCGACCACCUGACUAAACAUGCACGGCGACACGCAGGCUUCCAUCCCAGCAUGCUCCAGGGCUCCAGUGCGGCCAAGAGACGCCGCAUGUCCGUGUCCUCAUCUGACUCUGGAGACCAAAGCCCCGUCGGGGUGUGAGACACGACUCCUGUACAUACGUAAAGGUACAGGCAGUAGAUAACCGAGGCACACACAAACAUAGACACGCCCAAAUGUGUGGUGCGUGCACCUUUUUACACAAAUCCCGUCAAAUGAAUCAACUCAACCAGCCAAAAUCUAUUUAUUUUUUUUAAAGUUCUAUGCAUGUAACACUGUGCAACAGCAAACAGACACCGUUUGAACCUGAGUGUAAUCAAACUAUAACUAGACCCUUCUUAUUCCCUGAAGUGAUUGGUUGGUUAUUCAGGCUACAUCUACAUCACUACAGUUUGGUUUAAAAAAACGAAUAUUUGUCGCUACGUUUACGCCUCGCGUCCACAAUGUCCACGUACACACAGUAUAUAGUUUUCAUUAACGCUACAUGUGUUCACCUUGCAUCACAGACAUUUGCAGGUGAAGGCAACGACAAGAAAACAAAUCCUAACUGAGAUAUUCCUCGUGGGUCAGGCAGUUUUGGGGAUAGUCCUCAUAGUCAGUAUUUAUUCACAUACACUUCGUACCUGUACAGUUAUUUUUAUGUAAAUAGAUUAAGCAGAUUAAAGUUCAGUUGGAUGAUUUACUCUGUAUACUCUGGUUAAGUGUUCUUAGAGAGUAACAAGACAAAGUUAUAAUAUAGAGAUGGGUAUUUAAAGCUUUAGUGCGUAACUUUUUGCUGUUAAUGAACGUCAAGCCAACUCUCUCUGUGUUUCUCAGUGUGGCUAUGUUCAGAAGAUUGUGGCGUGCGGCGAAUUUCUCUCGCAGAAA